CCCGGAAAUGCGGUUGCGGUGUGAACGCGGGAAGCUUUGCGGUCCGUCCAUCUGACAGCUGGGUCAGGCUGUUCGGUUCUCCUCGCAGCUCCUUCAUGGACUGAGGAGUCCCAGCAGCAGCGGGUGUCAGAGCCGAACCGAACCGGACCGGACCGAACCAGCCUCCUCCUCCUCGGUCCGGCCAUGGAUGAGCAGGCCGGCCCCGGAGUGUUCCUCAGCGGCGGCGGCGGUUCGGGUCCCGGCGGCACCGGGAGCGCCAGAGCCCCGCCGCCCGCGGACGGAGCCGCGGCCCGGGCUCACUACAGCAUCCCGGGGAUCCUCCACUUCCUGCAGCACGAGUGGGCCCGGUUCGAGGUGGAGCGGGCCCAGUGGGAGGUGGAGCGGGCCGAGCUCCAGGCGCAGAUCGCCUUCCUACAGGGGGAGCGGCGAGGGCAGGAGAACCUGAAGAAGGACCUGGUGAGGCGCAUCAAGAUGCUGGAGUACGCCUUGAAGCAGGAGAGAGCCAAAUACCAUAAACUGAAAUAUGGAACGGAACUGAACCAGGGAGAGAUCAGAGCUCCGAGUUACGACUCGGAUGAAGGCAACGAAAGCGAAGCUACCAGUCCUCCCAACAGCAGCCAUCAGCUGAGCUGGAAACAGGGACGGCAGCUGCUCCGACAGUACCUCCAGGAGGUCGGAUACACCGACACCAUCCUGGACGUGAAGUCCCAGAGGGUUCGGGUUCUGCUGGGCCUGUCCGGAGAACCUGGAGACGGCCCGCCAGACCGGAGAACCGGGCCCAUGGUGAACGGAACCGAGCCAUCCUCGUUGAAGGACAGCGGCAUGAUCAGUAAACCGGACCUGUCGGACCCGGCUACCGUCCUGGAGGCGUUCAGGUUCAUUGAGAGCGCCGCGGCCGAGUUCAGCGACGAAGACGAGGAAGAGGACAGCGAGUCCAAAGACAGAACCGUUCUGGACCUGGCUGCCAUGGUGAGGAAGAAGCUGCCGUCGUCCAGCGCCUCUGACCUCAGCGACGACCCCGACACCGAGGAGGCGCUGAAGGGCUUUGACUUCCUGGCCAGUCCGGACGAGCUGGACGGGUCGGAUCCGAGGAGAGGGGAGGACUGGGAGAAGGAGGAGCCGGCGGCUCUGGGAGAACUGGGCUGGGACGUGGACCAGAGCCUGAUUGCCCAGCUGAAGGAGCAGUACAGGAAGGAGAGGAAGGGGAAGAAAGGAGUGAAGAGGCCGAACCGCUCCAAGCUGCAGGACAUGCUGGCUAACCUGCGGGACACCGAGGAGCCUCCACCCCUGCCGCCGGCCGUGUCGCCUCCGUCCCGACCCAGCGUUCCCAGACUGAGCGAACAGGAAGUGGGCCGGCCGGAUGACGAGCCGAUGGCGUUCCUGCCGUCCGGAGGGAAGUCCUUCAUCCUGGGCAGAGUGGACGAGGCCGUCUCCAACGAGCUGGAGCUGGGAGAACUGGGAGAACUGGGAGAACUGGCCCAGCUGACGGUCGCCAACGAGACGGAGAGUCUGGGAUACGAUAUGGCCUCGAACUCUGAGGCUCUGCGUAAAACGUGGAACCCGAAGUUCGCCCUGCGGAGCCACUUCGACUCGGUGCGCGGCCUGGCCUUCCACCCGGUGGAGCCGGUUCUGGUCACGGCGUCCGACGACCAAACCCUGAAGCUCUGGAACCUGCAGAAGACGGCGCCGGCCAAGAAGUGUGCAGCGUUAGACGUGGAGCCCAUCUACACCUUCAGAGCUCACAGCGGCGCCGUCCUCAGCGUCACCCUGAGCUCCAGCGGCGCCCAGUGCUUCAGCGGCGGGUCGGACGGAACCAUCCAGAGCUGGAACACGCCCAGCCCCAAUAUCGACCCGUACGACUCCUACGAGGCCUCCGUCCUGCGGGGGGCGCUGCGCGGCCACUCGGACGCCGUGUGGCGCCUGGUCUACAGCUCGCCUCACCACCGCCUGCUGUCCGCCUCGGCCGACGGGACGGUCCGGCUCUGGAACGCCGCCGACGUCUCUCCGGCGCUGGCCGUGUUCAACGGAGACGGAGACCUGGGGGUCACAACCUCUGUGGACCUGGUGAGCAGCGACCCGGCCUACAUGGUGACGUCAUUCGACUCGGGUCACAUCGGACUCUUCAACAUGGAGACGCAGCAGCUGGUUCUGAAGUUCGACUCCGCCGGGCCUGCAGAGUGUCCCUGUAAGAUCAACCGGGUCCUGAGCCACCCCACGCUGCCCAUCACCGUCACCGCCCAGGAGGACCGCCACAUCCAGUUCUUCGACAACAAUACAGGUAAACCGAUCCACUCCAUGGUGGCGCACCUGGACGCGGUCACCUGCCUGUCUGUGGACCCGAACGGGCUCUACCUGAUGUCAGGAAGUCACGACUGCUCCAUCCGCCUGUGGAACAUGGAGAGUAAGACCUGCAUCCAGGAGUUCACCGCCCACCGGAAGAAGUUCGACGAGUCCAUCCACGACGUGGCGUUCCACCCCACCAAGUGCUACAUCGGCACCGCAGGCGCCGACGCGCUCGCCAAGGUCUUCGUAUGACCCGGAUCCGCGGGGGCCGCCGCCGUGCUGACCCGGGCGGACUUGGUUGGACCCGGCUGGACCGGGCCGGGCCGGCCGUGUCCCGCCCCGACGCUCCGAGGGAACCAGGAGGAACCGGAAGCAGCUUUUGCUCCGAUCCCGGUGCGGCAUUCCGCUGCCGGGAUUUCUCUGUGUUUAUGACGUGCCUUUUUCCUCAGAGCAGACGUUCCUUUAGCCGUUCACCGGCAGAACCCGGCCAGAACCAUGAGCAGAACCCAACGGGUCCAGACUCGGCCCGCCGGUCCGGUUCUGUCCCCGGCAGGCCGACCGCAGCAUCGACGCUGCAGAGUUUUCCUUUAAAGGUUCAUUCCAGUUUGUUUCAGGACUUUUCUCUCCGUGAGUCGUUUCAGUUCUCCUGGAGUUCUGGACCCGGUUCUGGCCCGGUUCCAGGCGGUCUAUCGGACUUGUUGCACUGCAGAGAAAUCCUGCGGCAACGCUCAGAUUCUUAUUGUUUCUGUGGAUCUCCGGCUGAGCGGCCGGUUCGGGCCGGUUCGGUGUCGGAUGUUCUGGUUCUGGUUGGUUCAGUUUGUUUUCUCCAUUUGUUCCUGCUGGGAUGUUUCCGGAGUCGUUCGGCGAGGAACGCCGCUGCAGACAUGGGAACAGGAAGUGUACAGUUUGUCCAGGGAAUCUGGAGGAAACGGGACCUGAAGGGAAUCUUUCCCGAUGUUUUCUUCUUCCUGAUUCUGAACGAGCUGAAGGAAAAGUUCAGCUCUCCGGGUUCCUGAGGAAACGUUCCUCAGUUUUAUCUGUUUAACUUUAAGCUUCCAGAACAUUUUUCCAAGCUGGAUCAGCUGAUUGUUCCAGAGGCGACAGGAGAGAAAGAUCUGCAGCCGAUUAUCGGAUCACAUUCCCACCAGAAUCCGAUGUCGGGGGAAUUUCUGGAAAUCCGGUCCGGUUCUUCUCUGAGCCGAUCGGUCCAGUUAGGAGAUAAAAACCAGGAAUCCUGCAGACAAGUCUGGAAAAAACAGAAACAUAACAAAGGGAACGUUUUAUUUUUUAUUACUGUGGAAACAGGAGCUAGAGGUGUAAAAAGUGUGGCCCGGGGGCCAUUUGUGACCUGCUGGACUGUGAUUUGCGGCCGUCCUGACCAGCUGGGAAAUGUUUAAUUAGGAUGAAAUUAUUUCUAAAGUUAUUAAAAUCAUCUUCCAGUAAUCAAAUUGACCUGCUAACCUCCACUCUGAACCCAGAUCUGAUUUAAUCUCAUAGAUUAAACUUUGCUAAACAUGUGAGAACAACACUUUCAUUCUAUUGGCUCAGAGGUUGCCAGGCGACUGUGGCAAGUGUCAUUUUCGUAAGCGAACAGAGACUAAGUGUGAGUGCAAGGAGAAGUUUAGAGUACAAGCGUUACAAGUUUUGAGAAGAAAGACAUGAAGUCCUGCUUUCAAAAUGAAAAUGUGUGCUCUUGAAUUAUGGCAGGAAAAUGUCCCCAUAUGUAAUCAUUUUCACACAUUUUUAGACGUUUGCCACGUCUGGCUCCUUCUGCUGCAGGAUUAUGACGCACGUCUCACGUCGAUGACGUAGAAGUCGGAUAAAAUGCGACGUGAUGGUUCAGGCUGCAGACGCUCUGAAAACCAUCGGAUACGAUUCAGUUCCACAUCUGGAAAUGGGACAAAUCAGAACCUGUUGAGACUGAUGUGGGUCGCAUCUAAAGGUCAAAGGUCCUCCUCACUAGUCCUAGCAUUCUGUCACUGGAGCUCCCUUAAGGCCAAACAUGCUUCAUAAAUAACUUUUAUCUUUUCCACAUAAAAUUCUGAGAAAAUUCUUCCAAUUUUAGAAUUUGGAAGAAUUUUCCAAAAAUGGCGUCAGUAAGGGGCUCAGGAUUCCUGGGGAAACCGGGCCUGAUCCCUGCUGAUCCCUGCUGAUCUUUAUCCAUCUGUAGCCAUAAAGCCAGCAGCUGAUGGAGGUUUUAGGCUCCUGAUCCGUCAGAUGGUUCUGGACAGGCUGCUGCUCCACAGGAAGUGAUGUCUGAACCAAGAUAUUCACAGAACUGAGAUAUUCUGAAAGGUCCAAAUCAAGACGUGACGUCCCAGGACACAGAACUGUUUUUAGAUCAACCUUCUUUGACACAUUUUGUGGCAGAAGGAGGAAGAAUCUCCAGAUUCCAGGCCGGAGUGGGAAUCCUGCAGGAACCCUAAACUCUGGUUUGGAUCAGUUUGGUUCUGGAUGGUGAGCGGGACGAGGAUGUGACGGAAUAUUUUCAGGAAAAACGGAUUUCUUCCCGUUUCCCAGCUGUGAUCUGUUCCUCCUCCAGGCGGGUCGCUCUGGAACACGAUUCCUGGUCCGGUCCGGUCCAUUACGGGUUUAAAAGUCAGGAGAUCAGUCGGACCUUCAGGAACCAAAUAAAACCUCAGGAACAUUCAGCUGACCCAGAUUCUCAGGCCAAGAACCAAACUUCAGACCCGGUUCUGGUUCUGGUUCUGGCUGUAAAUCCUCCUCCUUCUUCUUCUUUGGUUUGUACAGGUGACCCGCUGUGGCCGUGCUGCUGCUCAUGUGUUGCUUUCUUUUUCUCAUGUAUCACUAACAAUAAAGGAGAUGUUGAAUGUCACAAA